UGCUCCUCGAAUAUUUAUACAGCGGCACUCUUCGGUGACGUAAAGUAGUCCGGUGCUUUUAAAGACGUUCAGCCCGAUCUUCUUUGACAUCCCAACACGCUUCUUUUCUCACCGGUGAGCCGACAACCAAUCAGAGACGUGAACCCUCCCACCCCUGGCUUGUGAUUGGCUAAACGCGCACCGGGGACGUUCCAUCUGAAAAUGGGCAGCGUGCGCGCGCGCAAAUGUUUACAUUGGUCGGUUACGUCUCCACUGUGCGUCGAGCCAAGAAGACGAAACAACAACAACAACAACAACAACAACAACAGCAGCAACAACAGCAGCAUUACAAAGGGCCGGUCCGUCGGUGUAACCGGACCGGUACCGAGAGGACACGCUCACGCGAGGAGGUGUCGGGCAUCGUUCCUCUCCUCUCGCUCCCUGCUGAGGCCUCCUGCUCUUGUUCUCUCCAUCAUGUCAGCCGGUUUCAGGAGGUGGAGAUGUGGCUCACUGGCACGUCCACUGAGGAGUGUGACAGCGUCUCCAAGGGCUCCCGAAGCAACGAUCUGUGUGUGGAGACGGACGGGGGCAGGCAUCUUCCACCACCGUCGUCCUCACAGAUGUAGGCUUUGCAGCGCAGGAUGGGUCUACCCAUGGACGGUGCAGGCGGAGACGAAGAGGCACUUGACCACGAGCAGCAGGGAGAGGGAGAGGGCGGAGGAAGCCCAGCCGAGGCCUGCACUCGCACCCCGCCGCCCAUCAACAACAAGAAGAGGAGGAAAAGCAAGAGGAGUGCGCCGCGCCGCUCGCAGGUACAGCCUCCGGGAGGUGAUGGAGGGCGACGACUGGACCCUCUUCUGGACCGACUGCUCCGUGUCUCUGGAGCGCGUGAAGGACAUGAAGCGUUACCAGAAAAUAAACCACUUCCCGGGGAUGAGUGAGAUUUGCCGCAAAGAUUUACUGGCGAGGAACAUGAACCGCAUGUUCAAGCUCUUCCCCAAAGACUACAACAUCUUCCCCCGAACGUGGUGCCUUCCCGCAGAUUACAGUGACUUCCAAGCCUACACCAGGACCAAGAAAAGCAAGACGUACAUCUGCAAGCCGGACACCGGCUGCCAAGGCAAAGGCAUCGUCAUCUCCAGGUCGAGUAAAGACAUUCAGGCCGGGGAGCACAUGAUCUGCCAGGUUUACAUCUCCAGGCCUUUCAUAAUCGACGGAUACAAGUUUGACCUGCGUAUCUACGUGCUGGUGACGUCGUGCGACCCGUUCAGCAUCUUCAUGUUCAAGGAGGGACUCGCUCGCUUCUGCACCACCAAGUACAACGAGCCGACGCACGGCAACGUGGAGGACGUGUGCAUGCAUCUCACCAACUACUCCAUCAACAAGAGCAGCGAGAACUUUAUCCGCGACGAGGACACCGGCAGCAAGCGAAAGCUGUCCACCCUGAACAAGCUCCUGGAGUCCAUCAGCUGCAACACAGACGAGAUGUGGAGCGACAUCGAGGACGUGAUCAUAAAGACCCUGAUCUCCGCUCACCCGAUCCUCAAGCACAACUACCACACGUGCUUCCCCAACCACACCACCGGCAGCGCCUGCUUCGAGAUCCUGGGCUUCGACGUGCUGCUGGACCACCGGCUCAGGCCUUGGGUGCUGGAGGUGAACCACUCCCCGAGCUUCACCACCGACUCGCAGCUGGACCGCGAGGUGAAGGACGCGCUGCUCUACGACACCCUGGUCCUCAUCAACCUGGGCGCCUGCGACCGCCGCAAGAUCACCAAGGAGGAGCGACGCCGGGUGAAGGACCGGCUACAGCAGAACAUCACCAGAGAGGCCAGGACGGAGGAGCAGCGUCAGUGCCAGGCGGCCACGCUGGAGCAGAUGGAGCGCUACGAGGCCAAACACCUGGGGGGCUUCCGGAGGAUCUACCCCAGGGAGGGCGGGGACAAAUACGACAAGUACUUCAAGCACAGCGGCUCGCUCUUCCAGGAGACGGCGGCGUCCAAGGCCAGGGAGGAGUGUGCCAGGCAUCAACUGCAGGAGCUUCGUCUGAAGCAGGAGCAGAAGGAGAGGGAGCAGAGGGGAGGCCGGAGGAGAGACCUGCAGGGGGAGACGGCGGGGGAGAGGGUCAAACCCCGAGGAGGGGCACUAACGCAACCCCCCAACCUGGACUGUGGCCACAACCCGCUCGCUCCGUCCAGUAUGUCGCUGGCUCCCAAAGCUGCAGAGCUCCUAGAGGAGAAGGAGAAGGAGGAGGAGGAGAAGGAGGAGAAGGAGGAGGAGGAGGAGGAGGAGAAGGUGGAGGAGGAGGAGCAGCAGCAGGAGGAGGAGGAGGAGGAGGAGGAGCGGCAGCGGGUCGCCGCGCUCCUCCAGAGGAAGAAACUCCUGCAGGACCUCGGGCUGGUGGACCAGAUCCAACAGCUGCUGCAGGGCCUGACGGGCGGAGGGGGGGUCCCGCAGGAGGCCUGCGCCCAGCAGACUAGACCGGCUCAUCAGAGGCGACAGGCGAAGCUGGACUCUUUGACUUCGUCGUUCUCCCAGAGAACAAAGCAGCCGGCGUUGCAGCAGGUGGCUCGGCAGCGCCCGUUGAGGCCACUGCCGGACCAGAGGAGCCUGAACCCGCCGGAGCCCGAGAGCCACGUCGCCCUGCAGCGGACGCGACGGGCAGGGGUCCGGCAGGACUCCCCGGCCCGACCCGGCAUCCCCGUCCUGAACCCGGUCCCCAGAGGAGGCCUGCGCUGCGCCUGCUGGCCCCACGACCCCUCGGCCCUGGAGGGCCUGCUCGUCAUCUCCACCCCGGCCCCUCUGGUCAGGAGGACUGGCUUCUCUCACAUCGUCCGCAAGUCCUCCAGCAGAGCCCCCCGACCCCCCCAGCCCGGUAAAGGCCAGUGAGGAGCUGGAUUUAAACCGUGUGAAGACCCCACAGGAGGACUGGAGGUAGAGAGGCUGCGAACAUAAAGAAAACACACUGUGCCUUUUGGAUGAAUCUCACGUUUAGUCGAUUUUAGAUCUGGACUCCUGCAGUUUCCUCCGCUCGCCACUUUAAAACCUUCCAGCACUGCAGGGAAACCACAUUAUGGGAUGUUUGUGCUCACAUGUAACGUCUUGCUCCGCAGGGACGAAUCAGCUCAAUGAACCUCAGUGCCAAAAUAAAAGCAGACGAGUCUUAUUUAACACCUCUGGAAAUCUAAUAAACUCACUGAUUACUGCUGAUAUGAAAUGAAUAUAUAAGUAUUAUUAGUUAAGAUUAAACCCCUAGAUUUGAAGAGAAGUGGAACAUAAAGGCAUUCUGCCUCUUUUUCUCGGGGGACUUCGAUUCAAGGUUUGGAAAAUGUUUAGUUUUUUUU